AUGCUUCUCGCGCAACCCAUCAAUCGUGACGCAAGUGAAGACGAUCAACCCCCUUUCACAACGUUGAGACGAACACUCAACUUGCCCCCGCCAACAUCCUCAUCAAACGCCUACACGCAUGGGUUUCCUGGAUCCUCAUACUCUACCACGACGACAGUGACGCUUGCAGUCGACCCAAAGAACUCAACCACACCGAUCAGCAAAGCAUCGGGGAAUAAUGCCAUCAAGGACCGCCCACCUCCAAGCUACCCCCAAUCCAGUCCUUUAGAUGUCGCGUUAAUCGAGACAAAUGGAGUACACGAAGAAGUCUUCGCUGCUCUCGUCCACAGCUUUGGAUCUAAACCAGAAGCUAGAUUGCACUUUUAUAAGGAAGAGCCUCGUUAUGACAUCCAAGGGAUAGUCGCGGAGUUUGAAUUGUGGCAAGAGCCCCCAGAAUGGCAAGCAUGGGAGGCUCUUCAAAGAGAUGACAUAGGCUAUCACCCAAGCAUAUUGAUAUUAAUAACUUGUUAUAGUGAUCCUUUGAGGCUUGCAUCGCGCUUGAGAAGGCUCCUCGAAGAGGGCAAAACAUUCAUCUAUUGUGUUGUACACGAGACCGCUCGCUGGGAUGGACCAGACCCCGACUUGGACGAGAUUCUCAAACCCUGGGCGCAAAAAGGGCUGCUUGACUUCAUUGUACUCUCGCCCGCUGUCGCAAGAACGCUAGAAGAGAAAGGGAUGAGAACAUGGCCUAGGAGGGGGGCACACAAGGUACCAAGAUCAGUGAGGACAUUUCCUCCAAUUUUUCCAGUGAGGCUGCCACCGUUACCAGCCAUCGUCGAAGAUCAAGAUGAUGGCAUUCAUAUGAACAACUCAUUCGCCAUACAAGGCAUCUUCGAUCCCGAAAGACGGAAUUUUGAGGUUACUUUUGCACACUUGGAGCGCUUUAUCAAUGACAAAGCAAAGCAAAUGAACGAUUCCACCCCCGCGCCACUGGAAGAUACUAUGCAGAAGCCAGAGCCACCGUAUCCAAUAGAGCAUUCUCCUGUUCACCUGCAUCUGAUCGGCCAUGGUGAGGAACGACCAAAGAUACCAGAAAGAUUGAGACAGAACAUCUUCAUCCACGAAAAUUUGAAUUACCACGAUUUCUACAAUCUUCUUUCUCAACAGUCAGCUCUACUACCAGCAUUCAGUAGCGAUAAGUACAGAUGGAUGAAGGCCUCCUCUUCAAUUGCAUGCUCACUAAUUGCCGGUACACCACUCGUUGUAGACGAAAACAUCCUGCGGGCGUACAGCUACCUAGGAGAGGACGCAGUGUACGUACAAAAGAACAAGGAGACAGAGUUCGAUGCACUAGGCAAAGUUCUGGAAGGAUCAUACGAUCAUGUGGUCGAGAAGCGGAGGCGAGUCCGGCUGAGAGCAUCGCAAGUAAUUGAGCAGAACAAAGGGCAAGCUAGAGAGUGGAUUACAAAAGCUGGAGUAGAGAUAGGCAGGUAUAGAGACGGUCAUGAAAGUGGAUAA